GACGCCCUGCUGUGUGUGUUGCCGUCCAAGGAAUGCUCGGUGGAUACAAAAUCGUGGCCUGAACAUAAUGAGCAACCAGGACAAAUGGGUCACCCUGACCCCAGCUGAAUUUGCCUUGCUUCAGGAAUACACACAGUACUCGACCAAGAAACUGAAGGAUGUGCUGCAGGAGUUCCAUGGAAAUGGUGUGUUGGCUAAAUAUAAUCCAGAGGAGAAGCAGGAAAUCCUCAACCAGGAGAUAGACUUUGAAGGCUUCAAGGUCUUCAUGCAAACAUUCCUAGAGAGUGAACUCCCUGAAGAAUUCUGCCAACACCUCUUCUUGUCGUUUAGCAACAAGGGACCCAAACCCAGUCCCUCAUCUUCUGACAAACCUCGAGUCUCUGGACUGAAGCUGAUCAAAGGCAACUCAACCCCUCUGAAGACGCCCGCCCUACCCAGGCCUCUGGAUACAGUGCAACUCAAGGACAUUGUGUGUUAUCUCUCGUUGCUGGAAGGCGGGCGUCCCGAGGACAAACUUGAGUUUAUGUUCCGCCUCUAUGACACAGAUGGAAAUGGGUCUCUGGACAGCUCGGAGCUGGAGCACAUUAUCUCCCAGAUGAUGCACGUUGCAGAGUACCUGGAAUGGGACGUAACCGAACUAAAACCAAUCCUCCAGGAAAUGAUGCAGGAGAUCGAUUAUGAUCGUGAUGGCACUGUGUCACUGGGGGAGUGGAUCCAGGGAGGCCUGACCACCAUCCCAUUGCUGGUCUUGUUGGGCCUGGAGACAAAUGUAAAAGAUGAUGGGCAGCAUGUGUGGAGACUGAAGCACUUCAACAAACCAGCAUACUGUAACCUGUGUCUCAACAUGCUGAUUGGACUGGGGAAGCAGGGACUCUGCUGCUCAUUCUGCAAGUAUACAGUGCAUGAGCGCUGCGUGGCUCGUGCACCGCAUUCCUGCAUCAAAACUUAUGUGAAGUCCAAAAAAAACACAGAGGUAAUGCAUCAUUUCUGGGUGGAAGGGAACUGCCCCACCAAGUGUGACAAGUGUCACAAAACCAUUAAGUGUUACCAGGGCCUGACUGGGCUCCACUGUGUGUGGUGUCAAAUCACGCUCCAUAACAAGUGUGCCUCCCAUGUGAAACCUGAGUGUGACUGUGGACCCCUGAAGGAUCACAUCCUGGCCCCUAACUCAAUCUGCCCCGUCGUUUUGGAAAGGCAGUCAACGCUGAGGAAGGACUCUCGAUCAAGCCAGUCGAGUCGAGGAAAGAUGCAGAGAGCCAACUCGGUCACAGUCGACGGCCAAGGACUGCAGAUCACAACAAUAGAGGGCACUCAUCCUCUGCUAGUGUUUGUCAAUCCGAAGAGCGGGGGGAAGCAGGGGGAGAGGAUUUACAGAAAAUUCCAGUACCUUCUGAACCCAAGACAAGUUUACAACCUGGCCAAGAAUGGGCCCAUGCCAGGGUUGAACUUCUUCAGAGAAGUUCCUGAUUUCAGAGUGUUGGCCUGUGGAGGGGAUGGCACUGUGGGCUGGAUCCUGGACUUCAUUGAUAAGGCCAACCUGGACAGGAACCCCCCUGUGUGUAUACUUCCUCUUGGCACUGGCAAUGACCUGGCUAGAUGUCUACGAUGGGGAGGAGGUUAUGAGGGCGAGAGCCUCCUUAAGAUCCUGCGGGACAUCGAGAACAGUACGGAAGUGAUGCUGGAUCGCUGGAAGAUUGAUGUCACACCCACAGACAAGGAGGAGCGAGGGGACCCAGUGCCUUACAGCAUCAUAAACAACUACUUCUCCAUCGGAGUGGAUGCCUCCAUUGCACAUCGUUUCCACGUAAUGAGAGAAAAACAUCCUGAAAAGUUUAACAGCAGAACAAAGAAUAAGCUGUGGUACUUUGAGUUCGGCACUUCGGAGACUUUUUCGGCCACUUGUAAGAAGCUCCACGACUUUCUGGAGGUUGAGUGUGAUGGUGUUACUCUGGACCUCAGCAGCAUCUCCUUGGAAGGUAUUGCUAUUCUCAACAUUCCCAGCAUGCAUGGUGGCUCAAACCUUUGGGGUGAGAGCAAGAAGAGGAGAGGUCACCGUAAGGGAGGAAGAAAAAGCCAAGACAAAAGGACACCAGUAGUCGACCCAAAAGAACUCAUGUUUGCAGUUCAAGAUCUGUCUGACCACCUCCUGGAGGUUGUGGGACUUGAAGGAGCCAUGGAGAUGGGGCAGAUCUACACCGGACUGAAGAGUGCUGGACGUCGCCUAGCACAGUGCUCCUCAGUGACCAUCAGAACCAGUAAAUCCCUUCCAAUGCAGAUUGAUGGUGAGCCUUGGAUGCAGACUCCCUGCACUAUUGAGAUCGUCCACAAGAACCAGGCUCCCAUGCUGAUGGGACCACCUCAAGGCCGGAGUUUCUUCUCUUCAGUCAUCAGACGAACUCGCACAGAGAGCAAAGACUGAACCAUCGAAGUUCAAGAACUUCCGGUCGUCUCAAUCGUCUGCCCAGGCAGGGGUAAUAAGUUGGUCAUGACUCGGCCCGUCAUCGAGCGGGAUCUUUGGUGUCUUUUUAAAAGCUCUGUGCUAAGUAGCAAACCGUAGGUUCAGCGUGUCGCGUGCAGCAUGAAGAUGUCACCAAGAAGCUCUUGUUGAAUCUAAAAUGAGUCGUUUAGGACUUACGCUGUGAUCUGCAGUGUUUAGAGUAGUUUAGCUCCAAAAACACUGAAGCUAUUUCUGGAAAUCCACUUCUACUGUUCUUCUAUUUUCUAAAAGUGUUUUUAUAUUUUGCUGUUGUGCUCCGUGCCAUGUGGAACAAAUCCACAGAUGAAUGUGUUCUGUGAUAUACUUAUUUAUUUAUUUAUUUAUUUAUUCAUAUUCUGCUGCUAUUUGUGUUGUUUUUUGUUUAGUUUUUUUCUGUAUUUGCAUACCCCUGAUGCAUGAUGGAUAGUGAAAGAGGCUGCUACUGUUGGAGCUGACAUAUCAGGAGUUUGCAGCUGAUUUUUUAGAAGCAUUUAGUAAGAGGUGCAGUUUCUUUACUCAACUCUCCCUCUGCACUUCUGACAAAGAUAAAGAAUCACUUGCUUUUUUUCCUGGAAGUCACCCUUGUCAUGUUUUGAUUGGCUGUGUUGCUGCUCUGUCAGGGGAAAAAAUAAGAAAUGAUUAUUGAUUGUUCAUUUUUUAAAAAUGCAUGACACUCUUUGUUUUAUGUUGCACGACAGAUUUCCAGACAGAUUAACCAGUUCUGUGCACACUUGCUGUUGCAUGACUGACCAACUGUUUUGACACUUUUCUUCACCUUCAACCAUAUCAUCCUUCAUCUUUGAGAUGGCUGCAUUUUUUUUUUUUUUUUUAAAUAAUGGGACUGUGUUUUUUUUCUUAACAGGUGCUCAGGUACUUUUAAAUGAAAAACAGUGAAAAGGCAACAAAAAUAGUGAUGCUCAGUUAGAUUGUAUUAGUACUGCAACCAAGCACAUAAAAUCACAAGAAGCAGUUUGACGUCCUGGUUCAUGGGCAUUGAUUUGUUCUAAUGUCUGUUGUUAAGUGUUUACAGUCAAGUAUACAUUAACUAGGUAAAGUUUAAAUAUAAAAUGGCUAUUGACAUAUACAUUGUGCAAGCAUGAUUAAAGAAUCGAUACUGAAAGUCUCUCAGUUACCAGAGGCAUUUUAACUCCAAGUGUGCAUGUUACAUCUAUGAAAGUGUUUGUCCUUCACAUUUUUGUAAUGUACAUAACUACAUAAAUGUGGGUGGUAUUGGUAGUGUUUCAGUGCAUUACUGCACAGAAACACAUUUCAUCAUUCACUCUCACCAAAGACAAAAAAAGAAAAAAAGAAAAAAACUUGAAUUUGGGCGACUGAGAGGCAGGUGAGACCUGGUUCAAACAUCCAUGUUGGGUGAUCCGACAUCACU